AUGGGAAUUAAAGAGAAAGUCGACGUAUUAUGUCUUCAUGAAACAAAAAGGGAAGAAAUCUCAGAGAAAGAUUGUCAAGGUUUGUGGGGUGGAAGGGGGGAGAGGGAUAUUGACUGGAAGAUGACCCCUGCAGUCAACAAGGUAGGGGGAUUAUUAUGCGUUUGGUGUAAAGAGAAACUAAAGGUUAGUGAUUCUUUUCAAGGAUCUCGAUUCUUGGGGCUGGUGGGAAUUUGGAGGCAAAAUAGAAGUGAGAUUGUAAUUGUUAAUAUAUAUGCACCUUGUGAUCCUACCAAAAAGAAAAACCUGUGGGGGGAACUAAAGGAAAUAAGAGAACAAAGUAAUAUAAAGGUGUGGUGUGUGGUGGGGGAUUUCAACUGUGUACGAAAGGCAUCAGAAAGAGUGGGGGUGAGGGCGAUUAAUGAUAGAAGGGAUACAACGGUAGUUAGAGAUUUUAACAAGUUUAUUAGUGAUAUGGAUGUUGUUGAUAUUCCUCUCAGUGGUAGGUCUUUUACAUGGUACAGGCCAAAUGGGAGUGCUAAAAGUCAGAUCGACAGAAUUCUAGUGUCUAGGGAAUGGUUUGAUAUUUGGCCUGGAAGUUCUCAAGUGGUACUGAAUAAGAGUAUUUUUGAUAGUUUCCCAAUUAUGGUGAGACAAGCAGAAAUUGACUGGGGACCCAAACCCUUCAAAGUCUUUGAUCAUUGGAUGCAAGAGAAGGACUUCCGUAGGUUUGUGAUAGAGUCUUGGAAUGGGACGUAG